AUGCGAGCGAUAUUUGGUGGUAUCGGUCCCGAUAUAGCUGAAAAUAAAGUAGUUCCAGCGUUCCAAAAUAUUGAAGCGUAUCAGCUGUUUUCAGAUCUACUUCAUGUUCAAGCAGCCCCGAACAAUGGUACUCCGGGUCGUUUGUAUUCUUUCCUCAAAAAGCCACCAGUGUAUAACGAAACGGUUGCAGAAAUUAAGCAUCAGAGUUGUUUGUCGCAUCAUAAAAAGUUGAAAGAAGAUUUGCAGUCGAUGACCGGUAUGACAGAUAACUGUAAUGCAGAGCAGCCGUCUGUUCAGUAUGAGAGUUCGAACGGUGCUGAAUGUAUUUUACAGCUUUGUGAUGCCGUUAUACAUUACAACAAAGCGUUGAAAAUGAUUCAGAUGAUUGAAACAACUCUGACAGCAGACGACUGGAAAGAUACCAAGUAA